AUUUGGUUCCACAAUAUAACAGUAUCAUAGUAAUCAUAAAGAUUCACUGAUAUUAUCAAUCGAGAACCAAUCAUAUUUGAAGAAAAUGAAGAUUCUGAAGAUAUCUCUUUGCCUAGCAUUUCUGUUAGGGGCAAACUCUGAAAAAAUAUCGUGUUCCUAUUCUGAUGGAUCUACAACGAGUCUAGACUGUCCAGACUUACCGAAACAUGUUUCUGAAUUUGAUAUUUGUGAUGACGCUGCCCGUUUCGGAUGUAGACCAAAAUCAAUUAAACCGGUUACCCUGGGUUCAUACUCGGACCAACAAAGACCUCAAACACCAGAAAAUCAAGAGUCAAGAUAUCGUCUUUCUACAGAACGUUCACGGUCGGGACCUCAAGACAGAUCAAAAAGCCACCAAGAAUUUGAUGGAAGAACUAGAAAAUCAGCUGAAAACGUUAGACGAGGCAAUGGCAAAGAAAGAGAAGACGAUAUAAAAGGAGAAAGAUUUACUCAUUUUGGUCCUGAUUCUGCAUCCUUUAGAAGAGAAGAAAUGGAAUUGCAAAAUCAUGAGCGAGCCUUCAUGGAAGAAACAGCAAACAAUAGAAUUAGAACAGAAAAAGAAGAAACAUUCCCAAAACUCAAAGAACAAGGUGCUUGUGGUGGUUCCAAUUCUAGGGGACCUCUUGGAAAAGAGGAAAAUAUAUCGUCUUUUGCGGAAGAGAGAGAAAAUAAUCAAGAUUCUAGAAGACCCACUGACUCAAGAUUUGACUCAAACAUACGACUUCCUCACAGGCCUAGAGAACAAACAUCGUUCCAAAAUUCCCAUGACAAAAUAGAUUUCCCAACAAACGAGAAAAGAACACCACGAAGCCCAGAAAUGGAAGCAAAACGGUCACCACGUUCUGGUCCGAAUUCUAGACAACCCUCUGAGCGACAGGAAAAUGUAUCGCAAACCGGACGAAGAUCUCCCACGGAAGAGAAAGCAAAUAAGGAAGAUCGAAAAAGACAAGAAGGAUCAUCUCAGAGGCUUGGUCGAAGUGAAGAUAGUCCUCGAAAAUCCAGAGAAGACACGGCACGAAAAUUUAUUCCUGAAGAACAAACACAACGAUUUGGACUUGACGGAAGACGUUUUUCCCGAAAGCACGAUACUUCAAGAAAGGAGGAAGACAUACGGCGUGGAAAAAUAUCCACAGAUGAGCAGCGAUUUGGAACCGUUGAAGAUAGAAUAGGACAUUUGCCACGUAAUAAAGGAUCACGAAGCAGAGAGGGUAUAAGAACAGGGUUGUCAGCGGACAGAAGACCAGAAAAUCCACGUGAAAGACUGGGUAGAAAUGAACAUGAACGAUCAGAAAGGAACGACAAUCAAGAAAGGGUCCUUGGAGAGCGUCCAGAACGAUCCCAAAAACGUAGUAGAUUCUCCAGCUUUCAGGAUAAUGACGGAUGACCUGAAUUAGAUGAAUUAAUAUUAGAGAAGAUGUUGAAUAUAUUACUAAAUUGUUGACUUUAUUUAUUAUUACUGUUAUUCUAAUCCAAGCAGCAUGUAUGUUUAAUAAAAAGUGAGAAUAA